AUGGAUAUUGAGUCAACAAAUCAAGUAAAGAAAGCUGGAUUCUUAUCUAGCAUAGGUGGUUUCUUCAAGGAUUUGCCUAUGAAGUUUAAGUCUAAGUUUAUGAGUGCAAUAAAAAGUGUGAAAAAGAUAGGAAAAGAUGACCCUAGAAGAGUAAUCCACUCAUUGAAAGUUGGAGUUGCUCUUACAGUUGUGUCAUUGUUUUACUAUUCAAGGCCUCUUUAUAAUGGCUUUGGAGAUGCUGGAAUCUGGGCAGUUCUUACUGUCGUUGUAGUUUUUGAAUUUACCGUUGGUGCAACCCUUAGCAAAAGUUUGAAUAGGGGAUGUGCUACAUUAUUUGCUGGUGCUUUAGGUGUUGGAGGGCAUCAAUUAGCCACUGCUGUUGGAGAAAGAGGAGAAGCUAUUGUCCUUGGAACCCUUGUCUUCAUUCUAGCUGCAGUGGCAACAUUUUUAAGAUUUGUUCCAAAGAUAAAGGCAAGAUAUGACUAUGGAAUGGUGAUAUUUAUAUUGACAUUCUGUUUGGUUACCGUCUCGGGGUAUAGAGUGGAGGAACUUGUUGAGCUUGCACAUCAGAGACUUUCAACUAUUAUUAUUGGAGCUGCAGCUUGCAUGAUCAUCUCCAUAUUUGUUUGUCCUGUUUGGGCUGGUCAAGACCUUCAUAACUUGGUUGCUUCCAACAUAGAAAAACUAGCAAACUAUCUUGAAGGGUUUGAAGGUGAAUAUUUUCACUCAUUUGAGGAUAAAGAAAAAUCUAAGUCACUUCUAGUAGGAUAUAAAAGUGUUCUUAAUUCCAAAGCAACUGAAGAAUCAUUGGCAAAUUUUGCAAGGUGGGAACCAGGUCACGGCGGUUUUAGUCUUCGUCAUCCUUGGAUGCAAUACUUGAAAAUCGGAGUACUUGCUCGCGAAUGCGCAUACAAGAUUGAAACCCUAAACACAUAUCUUAACCCUGAAAUUCAAACUUGUUUGGAAUUCAAGUGUUCAAUCCAAGAAGCAUGCACAAAGAUGAGUUCGGAAUCCAACAAAGCAUUGAAAGCAAUAUCAUCAUCAAUGAAAACAAUGACACACCCAUCAUCCGCUAAAAGCCACAUAGAAAAUUCAAAAAUCGCAAUAGAAGAACUCAAAGUUGUACUAGAUGCCAUUUCCUUAGAGGAUGUGGAGCUCUUAGCUAUAAUACCAGUUGCCACAGUUGCUGCAAUACUUGAAGAAAUCACUAUUUCAGUGGAAAAAAUCUAUGAUUCGGUUUCUGAGCUUUCUCAUUUAGCACACUUCAAGAAUGUAGAAACCAAUGUUUCACCAGAAAAACCUCCACUACUUCAUAGAGGAAUCAUAAAACCUGUUGCGGACAUUGAUAACGCGCCGCAUGUUGCAAUCGUGAUCCAAGAUUUAUGUACAGAGUCACCUGACAAAGCCCAAAAACGCAGUGCAGAAAUGAUUAAAACAUAA